AACCAAACCGCCUUCUCAUAUCUCAUAUCCCUUAAAGGGAAACCCUCAUUUUCGAUCUCAUCCAAAUUCCAAUAUCCGCGGAAAAAAUUACUCUGAAAACCUAAUCGACGAUGAUGAUCAGGCAAGCUGCGAAGAAGGCUCUAGGCCUUACCUCUCGUCAAUCGACGCCGUGUUCUGUUGGUAUCUUCCGAUCCUACCACGAGAACGUCAUCGACCACUACGAUAAUCCCCGUAACGUUGGGUCUUUCGAUAAGAAUGAUCCCAGCGUUGGCACGGGUCUCGUCGGAGCUCCCGCGUGCGGUGAUGUGAUGAAGCUUCAGAUCAAGGUCGAUGAAAAGACCGGUGAAAUCGUUGAUGCUCGCUUUAAGACCUUUGGUUGUGGCUCCGCUAUCGCGUCUUCAUCCGUCGCUACUGAAUGGGUGAAAGGCAAAGCUAUGGAGGAAGUUCUGACCAUCAAGAAUACCGAAAUUGCGAAGCAUCUUUCUCUCCCACCGGUGAAGCUCCAUUGUAGUAUGUUGGCGGAGGACGCCAUCAAGGCAGCUGUGAAAGACUACAAGGAGAAGCGUGUGAAAACAAACGGUGGUGCAGCAGUUGGAGAAACCGCACAGGCUUAGAUUCCUUUUGCUAUUGUGUAUAUGAUGGUGAAAACAAGGGAGGAGUAGAAGAGGAUACACACAACCUGUGGUAUGUAGUGAAAUGGUAUGUUCUAAAGAUCAAGUUUAAGAAGUAUUUUGCAUAAACUCUGUUGACAAACCAAAAAAACAAAACAUCUAAGAAUGAGUUUGGUUUUGCCCUGUAGUUCGUUUUGCUGUAUUAUGCAAUGUUUGUGUUGUGAUGGUUUCUCUCUUCUUUGGGAGAUUUAUAACUAUUACGUACAAGUUUUACAGUUUU